AAUAUCAACCAAGGCUGUCAGUGUAACGUACAUUCCCCCAGCGUUGGUCGAUCGCCAGCAUUCAAGAUGCCCUAAGUGGGCCGCCCUUGGCCGUGGAGCCUGUGAGGCUAUGAGGCCACUACUCCGCACCUUGGACCCUGAUCCAUCCUCGCAGUACUCCUGGUGCCGGAUGGCGCUUGACCCCGUCCCAAUCCUUCAUUUGCUGGACCAUGAACUGGAAACCCCUGUUAUAAGACCAGCCAUGGCAGUCGCUCGAAGGGUUUCCCCAUCUCACCACGAUGGGUCUUAUAAGACUUACAAGUUUGCUCUUCACAUAUGUGUCUUCGCGCCGAUUGACGUUCCUCGCCUUAGUCAUUGCGGCCUGGCUCCUUUGUUCUCGCCUUCCUGGUCUUGACCUCUAUGCGAACCAACAGGUGGUCAGGGAUCACGGUCGAGGCGAAAAUGGGAGUCGAUUCCUAUAUGUUUCACCCUUUCGACGCAAUCCGGACCUGGAGUAUGAGAGACAGCUCGCCAACGCUCUGCAGGAGCUAGAACACACGGUGCUAGAUCAGGAGGGAGGAAACAUUGUGGCGGAAGACAGGAUAUGGCAGAUAGCCAAGGACGAAAGCCAACGAGGACCGGAUUCGGCUUAUCUUCAGGAGAGAAAUCCUGGCUGGGGGUACACUUUGAUGAGCGAUGCGAAGGCAUCCAAAUUUGUCGCUGAAAAGUUCUCCGCUGUCCCCGAAAUUGCCCAGAUCUACGAGUCGUAUCCCUAUCACGUCCUCCGAGCCGACCUUCUCCGCUACCUUCUCCUCUAUUAUUACGGGGGCUUCUAUGCCGACAUGGACAUCUACCCAGCGCGAGCCAUCAGCGAAUGUCCAGCUCUACAAUCGAUACCCAAACCUUCAAGGGAUGCCUCAAUAAACUCAGUCAACGUGUCGCUUGUGGUAGGAGUUGAACUGGACGAGCCCUAUGCCUCCCCGCAAACCAUGCGCUAUUGGCGCUGGACUCGAAGCUACGGACUGAUCCAGUAUACGAUGUACGCCCCGCGCCGAUUCAGCCCUCUGCUCCGAGAGAUCAUCGUUCGAUGCUUGUCGCACACCCGGCAAUACUACCGCCAGCACAGUGGACUUCUUAACAGAUUCAGCUAUGACAAGAACGCCAUUCUGGGGAUCACGGGCCCGGAUGUUCUCACAGACGCGAUUCUCGACGCCCUCUCCUCAUCGCUCCCCGGCUCCCAUCCGUUGGUCCAGAAGUCUGUGGGCAUGGAUCAGAAUACCGGCGAUUUGGUAGCCUCUGCUGGCAAGAUGGAGAGAAGAGUCACCUGGGCGCCCUUCCAUGAUCUUCAUGAGCCUCUGUGCGUUGAUGCCAGCGAGGCCAUCCCCGAGACGCCUAUGGGAGGGCUUUGCGUGGUGCCGAUCAGUGUGUGGGGGAACGGGCAGCGACACAGCAAGGCCGAGGGUUUCAACAGUCCACAUGCUUGUCUGAACCAUCGGUUCGGAGGGUCUUGGAAGAAGGGUUGGCGCGAACGGUUGUUCGGAUGAUAGAACGACCCAAACACAGGCUUGAUCCAACAGCGCUCAUGAUGAAAAUGUAUUAAGAAUCAACAAUGAACAAAAUCUUCCUGCGUAUCCAACAACUUGAGCAGCGAGUAAUCGACAUAAUUCGCAUCAUGCUACCCAC